AAAAUUAUUCAGCACUUUUGGACUUUGGACCCUGGGCCGAGAUAAACAAGUUUAAUAUAAAUAACAAAGUACAAAGUAGAAACCACCUAUUUGGAACAGGCUUAGUUUAAUUUGUAGUUCCAUUAAAAAAACACAUAGCAAUGACUUCUUUAAUUAAAGGUGUUAUGAUUGUUGGUGCCAAGCGUACCCCAUUUGGUACCUAUGGUGGUAAAUUGAAGGACCUCAGUCCUGCACAACUUCAAACAAUUGCAGCCAAGGCAGCCUUGGUUCAGGCUAAUGUUAAACCAGAAAAUGUGGACAGCGUAGUCAUUGGAAACGUCCUUUCUAAUUCUGCAGCUGAUGGCAUUUUUGUGGCCAGGCAUGUUGGUUUGAAUUGCGGUGUACCAAUUGAAAAGCCAGCUUUAAUUAUUAAUAGGCUCUGUGGAUCAGGAUUUCAAUCAAUUGUUAAUGGAGCUCAGGAUAUUGUGACCGGUGUCGCAAAAGUUUCCUUAACCGGUGGAGUGGACAAUAUGUCUGCAGCACCGUACGUCGCUAGAAACAUGCGAUUUGGAGUUCCAUUGGGUACAAGCCCAGUGCUUGAAGACUCUUUGUGGCUCGGUCUCACCGAUUCAUACUGCAAACUGCCCAUGGCCCUCACUGCUGAAAAAUUAGGCGAACAAUACCAGAUCAAAAAAGAAGACGUUGACGCCUUCGCCCUUAGAUCCCAACAAAAAUGGAAGGAAGCACAAGCCACUGGAAAAUUCGCGGAUGAAAUCACACCAGUAGAAAUUAAAAUCAAGAGGAAACCUGCCUCAUUCGAAGUUGAUGAACAUCCAAAACCUGAAACUACCCUAGAAGGAUUGAAGAAGUUGCCCACUAUUUUCAAACAAAACGGCUUGGUCACUGCCGGCUCUGCAUCCGGUAUCUGUGAUGGCGCCGGGGCCGUAGUGUUAGCAAGUGAAGAAGCCUGUUCCGAACAAAGUCUCAAACCCAUUGCCAGAGUAGUAGCCUAUUCCGUGGUUGGAGUUGAACCUUCCAUCAUGGGUAUUGGACCAGCGCCUGCCAUCAAGAACAUUCUUAAAGUUACCGGAAAAUCUCUCAACGAUGUUGAUCUAAUUGAAAUCAAUGAAGCUUUCGGUGCCCAAACCUUGGCUUGUGCAAAGGACUUGAACUUGGAUAUUAACAAAUUGAAUGUUAAUGGAGGAGCUAUUGCUCUAGGACAUCCAUUGGCAGCAUCUGGUGCAAGAAUUAUUGGAACUCUUGCUUAUGAAUUGAGGAGAAGGAAAGGAAAAUAUGGAAUUGGCUCUGCUUGUAUUGGUGGAGGACAAGGCAUUGCCAUCAUGAUUGAGGCAAUGUAAUUUUUUAUCCACAUCCAGGAUUAUUGAACUUUUUAAUUAUUGUGUAUUUCAAGCAUUUAUCAGCUAUUUUAUUAAUUUUUAUACAAAGUAUUUAUAUAAAAUUUUUAAUAAAAGAAUUUGUUUUUUA